UGACACAUUUAUUGCAUAAACGACGUAAAUAAAAUAUCUUUGGUUGAGGUUUGUUGAUCCCGUUUUGUCUGAAAUGGCAUUGUUGGCGAGAUUACUUAAAAAUUUUGCCAUAAAUACUGGCAUAAAUAGUGUUCGGCUUGUGCAAGUGUCCGGUAUUUCGACCGAAAGUUUAUCUCGAGUGAUGAAUAAACCGAAACCUGGUUUGGGAAAGGCUUAUCGCCGAAUUGUACACUAUCCGGAGCAGUACACCGUGGAGCCAUUACACGUGACUAAUUUGGCUGGUCGGGAUCCCGAAACUGGUAGGAUGAUAGCCAAGGGCAUUGGAGGUGGUAUUAAGCAUAAAUUUCACUGGAUUAAAUGGGUUCGCGAUGGUCCUGUGGAGGGCCCACCUCAAACUGAAAAGGUUAUUGAUGUGAUACAUGAUGGAUGCCGUACCGCAAAGGUUGCCCUUGUGGCGGUCGGAAACGAUCUGAAGUACAUUUUGGCCACAGAGAAUAUGAAGGCUGGCGAUAUAAUUAAAACCUCUAGGCUAAUUCCUAGAAUUCCAGUUCGUGCUAACGAAGGUGAUGCCUAUCCGCUGGGCGCUCUUCAGAUUGGAACUCAAAUACACUGCUUAGAAAAGUAUCCUGGACAACCUUGUCAUCUAAUACAUUCGGCUGGCACAUAUGGUACUAUUCUCCGCAAAUUUGGUGAGCUGGUGGUAGUACAACUUCCUUCUAAGCAAGAGUUCGCUUUCAAGCAAACCUGCAUGGCGACGGUUGGUCGGGUAUCAAAUAUUUACCACAAUAAAACGCCCAUAGGUUCAGCGCAAAGAAAUCGUGAAUUGGGCAACCGUCCACGUUCAGGAUUAUGGCAGAGGAAAGACGGUCGACACGGUCGUAAAAUUCGCAGACUACCGCCUAUGCGGAUUGUUUCUGCUCCUUCUGAGCCUCCUCCAGCUGCCAUGAAAUUCACAUUAAAUUUGUAGUUUCUUCCUAAAGAUUUCUAUUAAUUGUACAAUACUAAAAUAAAGUCAACUAUAUAUCACAAA